AUGGAUGAAAAGCCACGUUUAGUGGAGCCCGCUGUGACGUUGUGGCGGGCCGCCAAUGUCAUCAUCAUUUUUGGCUUCCCGUGGCAAACGAGCGAGUUGCAGAUCCGAAAUUAUCUUCUGCAUUUGCACCCGUCUGCGGCGCCAGUGACGGUGCGUCUGUACACAAAUCCUACAAACGGCUCCAGUCGUGGCAUUUGUUUUGUCGAGUACAAUACAAAACACCGGAGUACCGGCAUAAAGAGUGAGCAGAUGGAGGAGGAGGAAUGCGUUGUCACAGUGGUAAAGAAGAAGAUUGAGGAAACACCGUUUGCGCGACAGUACCUGACGGCGGUGUUGUAUCACUUGACGAAUCAAAACUGGGAUCGCGGUGGCCGCCUGCCGGAUCUGCCGACAGAUCCACCGCCAACACGCGGUGGAUGGGUGGAAGGUUACGGCGAUGAAGGCUUCUCAGUGCGGUGUGGCGCAGUAUUGGGACUGGCGAACACUGUGACGGCGAGUGGUGUUGCCAGUAUGCAGGCCCUACGUAAAAGACUCCGCUCAGAGGCAGAAGCGGCGUGA